GUGUUCCCGGGCAACAGCAAUGCCGACGGCGUGGUGCACCACAAGCUGCACUCACUGAAAGGCCGCUUCGUGCGCUUCGUCCCGCUCAAGUGGAGCCUCAGCGGGCGCGCAGGACUCCGAGUCGAGGUCUUCGGCUGCUCCUAUAAAUCAGAUAUAGCAGACUUCGAUGGCAGAAGUUCGCUCCUGUACAGGUUUAAUCAGAAACUUAUGAGCACAUUCAAAGAUGUGGUUUCAUUGAAGUUCAAGAGCAUGCAGGGAGAUGGAGUCUUGUUCCAUGGAGAAGGGCAGCGUGGAGACUACAUUACCUUGGAACUACAGAAAGGGAAACUCUCCUUGCACAUCAACCUGGGGGAUGCCAACCUGCAUUUCAGCAACAGCCACACGUCCGUCACCCUGGGCAGCCUCCUGGAUGAUCAGCACUGGCACUCGGUUCUUAUUGAGCGCUUCAACAAGCAAGUGAACUUCACGGUGGACAAGCACACCCAGCACUUCCGCACAAAGGGGGAUUCAGAUCACUUGGAUAUUGAUUACGAGCUCAGCUUUGGAGGGAUUCCAGUCCCAGGGAAACCAGGAACCUUUCAGAGGAAAAAUUUCCAUGGGUGCAUUGAGAACCUUUAUUACAAUGGAGUCAAUAUAAUUGACCUGGCAAAAAGGCGCAAACCUCAGAUCUACACAGUGGGGAAUGUGACCUUUUCCUGCUCAGAACCACAAAUUGUUCCUAUCACCUUUGUCAGUGCCAGUAGAAGCUACUUGCUGCUACCUGGCACUCCUCAAAUUGAUGGACUGUCAGUUAGUUUCCAGUUUCGAACGUGGAAUAAAGACGGUUUGCUCCUGUCUACAGAACUGUCUGAAAAUUCGGGACAUCUCCUCAUUUACCUCCAUGGCGGGAGGCUGACACUGCUUAUUCAAAAAGUGGCCGAGAAUCCAGUGGACAUCAGUGCAGGCACAAAUCUCCAUGAUGGCUUAUGGCAUUCAGUUUACAUCAGUGCCAGAAGACACCGCAUUACUCUGACCUUGGAUAACAACUCUGCCACAGCUGCCCAUGCAACUAUUGUCUCAAGGAUCUAUUCUGGGAACAGCUACUAUUUUGGAGGCUGCCCUGACAACUUCACUGAUUCCCAAUGUUUAAAUCCUGUUACCGCUUUUCAAGGCUGUAUGAGGCUCAUCUUUAUUGAUAACCAGCCCAAGGACCUCAUUUUAGUUCAGCAAGGUUCCCUGGGGAAUUUUAGUGAUUUACGCAUCGAUCUCUGUGGCAUCAAAGACAGAUGUUUGCCCAACUAUUGUGAACAUGGAGGAAAAUGUUCUCAGUCCUGGAGUACCUUUUACUGUGAUUGUAAUGAUACGGGCUACACAGGAGCUACCUGUCAUAACUCUAUCUACGAACAGUCAUGUGAAGCUUAUCGACACCAAGGGAAGACAUCAGGGUUUUUCAACAUUGAUUCAGACGGAAGUGGACCGCUUGGACCACUCCAUGUUUUUUGCAACAUAACAGAAGAUAAGAUCUGGACUGCAGUGCAGCACAACAACACAGAGCUAACCCGAGUCCGUGGAGCUGGUCCAGAGAAACCAUAUACUAUGUCCUUUAACUACAACAGCAGCAUGGAGCAGCUUGAAGCCAUGAUAAGCAAUGCAGAGUACUGCGAGCAGGAGGCAGCUUACCACUGCAAAAAGUCCCGUCUCCUCAACACUCCAAGUAAGAGGCCCCCGGCUUGGUGGGUUGGCCGUGCCAAUGAAAAGCAUCUUUACUGGGGAGGAUCUCUUCCAGGCAUUCAACAGUGUGCAUGUGGACUGGAAGAAAGUUGUCUGGAUAUGAGAUAUUUUUGCAACUGUGAUGCAGAUAGAGAAGAAUGGACAAAUGACACUGGCCUCCUUGCUUUCAAAGACCAUUUGCCUGUAACUCAGAUAGUGAUCACUGACACAAACAGAUCAAAUUCAGAGGCUGCUUGGAAAAUGGGCCCUUUGCGUUGCUAUGGAGACAGGCAGUUCUGGAACGCCGCCUCCUUCAACACUGAGGCCUCCUACCUGCAUUUCCCCACCUUCCACGCCGAGGUCAGCGCGGACAUCUCCUUCUUCUUCAAAACCACUGCCCUGGCUGGUGUCUUCUUGGAAAAUCUGGGAAUUAAAGACUUCAUACGGGUUGAACUAAGCUCCCCCAAGGAGAUCACCUUUUCUGUAGAUGUUGGAAACGGCCCCGUGGAAGCCACAGUGCAGUCACCCACACCACUGAAUGACAAUCAGUGGCACUACGUCCGAGCAGAGAGGAACCUCAAGCAAACCUCUCUGCAAGUGGACAGCCUCCCUAAGAAGGUCUUGGAGGCACCUGCAGAAGGCCACUUCCGUCUGCAGCUCAACAGCCAGUUAUUUGUAGGAGGAACAGCUUCCAGACAAAAAGGUUUUUUGGGAUGCAUCCGAUCUCUACAUUUAAAUGGGCAAAAACUUGACCUUGAAGAGAGAGCUAAAAUGACUUCUGGUGUUAAGCCUGGAUGUCCAGGACACUGCAGCAGUUACGGUAACCUGUGCCAUAAUGGAGGAAAAUGUGUGGAGAAAUAUAAUGGUUAUUCCUGUGACUGUACCAACUCAGCCUAUGAAGGAGCUUUCUGCAAAGAAGAGGUUUCUGCAUUAUUUGAAGCUGGCACUUCUGUUACUUAUCUUUUCCAAGAACCUUAUCCUGUCACAAAAAAUGCAAGUACUUCAAGUUCUGCCAUUUAUGCGGAUGCUGUCAUGUCCAAGGAAAACAUUGCAUUCAGCUUCCUCACAGCACAUACUCCAAGUCUUCUGCUGUAUGUCAACACCUACUUUCAUGAAUAUUUGGCUGUGAUUCUCUCCAAGAAUGGAAGUUUACAGGUCCGAUACAAGCUGAGUAAGGAUGGGCUCCUCAUUUUCACCAUUGACUCUGGAAACUUUGCCAACCGUGAGCUGCACCACGUGAAGAUUAACAGGGAAGGCAGAGAGCUCAUCGUUCAGGUUGAUCAAGUUCUGAAACUCAAGCACAACUUUUCUGAGAUUGAUUUUAAGGCCAUCAAAUCACUCACCUUGGGCAAGGUCACAGAUAGUUUGUCACUGGACCCCGAAGUCUCCAAGGCAAAUGCCUAUGGCUUCACCGGCUGCCUGUCUUCUGUUCAGUACAACCACAUUGCUCCGCUCAAGGCUGCCCUACGUCAUCCCAGCGUUGCUCCUGUGACCGUCAGAGGCUCCUUGACUGAGUCAAACUGUGCAUCCUUAAUGGAAACUGACGUGAACACCGUAACCACAAUAUAUUCCUCAUCAGAUCCUUUUGGGAAGACAGAUGAAAGGGAGCCUCUCACCAACGCAGUCAGAAGUGAUUCAGCUGUGAUUGGAGGUGUAAUAGCAGUUGUGAUAUUUAUCAUCUUUUGCAUCAUUGCCAUCAUGAGCAGAUUCCUCUAUCAGCACAAACAGACACAUCGAAGUAGCCAGGCAAAGGAGAAGGAAUACCCAGAAAACCUCGAGAGCUCCUUUAAAGCUGACAUUGACUUGCAGAACACAGUGAGCGAAUGCAAACGGGAAUAUUUCAUUUGAUGGACAAUACAAUAUCUUCUUAUUCUUUUU